GGCAGUUUCAUCCCCAUGGACAAGACCAACGUUUUUCUUUUACGCGCCAUGUGCUUGUUUUCUAAUUGAUUUCUGAGGAAUACUACUUGGAAACGGUUAUGGGCACCUCGAUUGAACUAACAUUAUAUUUUUUAUAACUGAGUUACUCCACGCACAUGUUUAGGAAGAUCAACAACGCACUCCGUCCCAACAAUGGGCACAGGGCUCGUGAUGGCAGUCCGCGGUCCGAGCAGGACUACCACAGCGCGUGCACCGUCAAGUUGGUGCGGAGCACCUCCAUGCUCGUGGUGGGCCAGAGGAAUCAGUCAUCCGUCAACUCCACACUGAAGCGGAGCAAAAGUUCUGUAAAUGUCGAGUCCACCACCGCCUUGUAUUAUUAUCAGAGGCAGGAGGACCGGAUAUGGCUCUACUCCCAAAAUCAGAACUGCCUGGAGUAUUUGGAAGAGCUGGUGGCGUUGAGACGGCAGUACACGAGGAGCGUCAACAACUUCAAAAGCAACGAGAUGAAGGCCACAAUCUCCCCCAAGAAGAAGCCUGCGCCACCCCCACCCAACUCCAAGGACGCACAGAGCAUGAGGACCAAACCGUCUGCCCCUCCAAUCCCCAAUGAGGAGGACACUCUGGACUUCUUUGAUGCUGUCAUCGCGAGCUGUGACCCUGAGCACACGCGCAAGCCCCAUGUAGACGAUGGGCACGCUGACGUUGACUUCAUUGGGGAGGACCUAACACCUCAGCUCGUGCUGUAUGGGGUGGGCCGAAGGCCUAUUCCAUCGAAGGCCUUCACCAAGUUCUGUCCCACCCUCACGUGCUUGAAGGAAGCACUGUGGUCCUCCCGCAACCUGCUGUGGUUUUUUCUCUCCCCAUGUAGAAUUUGGAUGGGCAUUUUGAGAACUGACGUGAACCCAUCUCUCUCUUCAUCAGUGGCCACCAGCACCAGUGAGCACGACCUCCACUCCAACUGGGUCAUGAGGGUCCCACGGUGUCCCACAGAUGAGUCCAAGCUGAAGAAGCCGGCCUCAACCAGCAAAAGCAGCAGCACGGCCAAGAAGAACAGCGACAACGGGACAACGAGCAGCCGACGACACCUACAGAGAAACCCCAUCCACCUGCCCAAAGUGGUGGAGAGCGCUUUCCAGACACUGCGCUUCAAGCCGAAACUCAAAAAGAAGUAGUACGAACUUGCUGAGUUUCAUAACAAGUACGGGAGUCAACUUGGGGAGGUCCCGCGACAUGCAAGCAUUCAGCUGGUGAGGAAUUGGCAGGGAAACCACAAAAUAACCAUGGAUAGUAAUAUAGGAAGUGAGAGAGAGAAGUAGGCCUAGAGGAAGUGGGAACUGAGAGAAAGUGGCAGCCAAUGAUUAUGGUAUUAUGUUGGUGUGGACAGGCUUAGCAUGUGCCAUUGUUCGCUAUGCCACCAGCCUGAUAAAUUAUCCAGUCUGCUGUGGAUCCUGGGACUGAUGGGGCGGUAACCCGAUCCACAAAGGACCGUGCGUAACUUGGACAGUGUAAUUACCAACAAACACUCUCAUUACUUAGUUACUGUGACUAAACAGACCACCUACUCCACCUGACAUCACAAUCAACAAUGCAACUGUCCAUUUUCUUUUCCAAGUAUUUUUGUUACACAUUUAGACUAGGCUUAUUAUAUCCAGGUUUACCUGUCGCAUCAGUCUCCCUAGACUACAUGAUCAACAUCACUGUAUGAAAUGUAAGAUGUUCACCAUGUGCCUCAGAUUGAAUAAUUUAAAUUAUUCUUAAACAUUAACCAAGGUACUGCAAAUGGCACUGCUUAUUUCGUUUUAUACUGUAGUGGGCUACCAUUGUACUGUAACAAUAUGAUUUAUCCUGUUAAGUCUAUAUUAUUUAUGUACAUUAAAAUGGGUCACCAAGACACUUUUUCCAUGA